UGUUCGUGGCGCGUGGAGGAGAAUAUGAUCACUCGCUUUUUAAAAGGAGCCAUUUAAGGCGGUCAGCCCCAGUUGUUUCAGAGUAAUACAGACAUUUUUAGGACUUUCCCUCGCUGUCUCGGAGUAUAUUGGCGUGCCUCGCGCAAUGUGGGAACAGGAGGAAUUUGAGAAGCACUGGAGGAAUGAGUUUCCCGACGGCGAAGUGCCCGUGAUGAAUCUCUGCUCGGUAGAGGACAUCGAGGCAGAGCUGGAGAAAUGCAGAGCGAAUUUGAAGGUGUUACAACAGGCUUUGUCGGAGGAGAAGUUCAAGGUGAUUUACCUGCAGACCACCAUCGCGCAGAAGAAGAAAGGUUACGACAUCGAGAGGUGGUGGAACAAAGCGGAGGAGAAGAUACAUGUCCCCUCAAAGCCCGAUCAAGUGGACGGCACUCCAGCUGCCAGAACAAAACCUCACGGGACAGACAGCAGAGGAGGAGAUGAACCUUUUGCCCGGGAUAUGCUCAGAGGCAGCAAGACAGGUAAUCUCAUCCCCGUCCCCCCUCGGAAAAAGCCCAAUGUUCAGGAAGAAUCCGCUCGUGGUGUCUCUCAACCGGACAAGUGUGUUGCCGAGCGAAGGAACAGUGAACAGGACAGCGACCACGAUUACGAGGACGUGGAGCUGAACGAGAACUUCCUGCGUAAAAACAUCGUCAACCCAAACAGUAAUGCUCGGGGGGAGAAUCCCCGGGUCCGUAUAAGUCGAGAUCUGGACUCUGAUGAUGGAAGACUGUCUCCUUUAGUGGCGCUCCGCGGGUGUCACGGAUCUGGACGCAGCACACCUGACAGACGCAGUGACGGAUACCUGAGCUCCGAACAUGACGACGACUCCGCAGAUUUUAAUUACAACACUGAUGGCUAUGAGGGUGAUACAGCAGAGGACAGAAAGUCUCAGGAUGGCUCGGAGACCAUGCCCUUCAUAGACGAGUCUCCCACCAUGUCCCCUCAUCUCUGUGCACGAGGACAGGAUGGAGAGGCUGUCUCUCCUACACCACUAGAAGGGCUACCACCUGGGGGAGACUCCGAGAAAGGCCUAGAGAUGAAGAAACUGGUGCUGUCUGGCUUCUUGGCCAGUGAAGAGAUCUAUAUUAACCAGCUUGAGGCUUUGUUGCUGCCCAUGAAGCCUCUGAAGGCCACAGCCACCACAUCAAAGCCAGUGUUAACAAUGGAGCAGAUUGACACUAUUUUCUUUAUGAUCAAAGACAUCUUUGAGAUCCACAAGGAGUUUUAUGACGCUCUCUCUCCCAAUAUUCAGCAGUGGGAUGAGAAGGUCACCGUCGGACACCUCUUCCAGAAACUGGCCAGUCAGCUUGGUGUUUACAAAGCCUUUGUUGACAACUAUAAAGUCGCAGUGGAGACGGCAGAGAAAUGCAGCCAGGCACACAGCCAAUUUCAGAAGAUCUCUGAGAAUCUGAAAGUUAAAGGACCUAAAGAAUCCAAGGACUGCACCACCAAUUCCACCAUGGAGGCUCUCCUCUACAAGCCUAUUGACCGCGUCACCCGCAGCACUCUGGUCCUACAUGACUUGUUGAAGCACACACCUAAAGACCAUCCAGAUUUCCCACUUCUUCAGGACGCUCUGAGAAUAUCGCAGAACUUCCUGUCCAACAUCAAUGAAGAAAUUGAUCCACGCAGGACUGCUGUGACCACACCCAAAGGAGAGGUUCGUCAGCUGGUGAAAGAUGGUUUCCUGGUGGAGUUGUCGGAGGGGACACGGAAACUCCGUCAUGUCUUCCUCUUCACAGACCUGCUUCUCUGCGCCAAGAUUAAAAAGGCUGCAGUGGGGAGGCAUCAGCAGUAUGAGUGUAAGUGGUACAUCCCUCUGGCUGAUCUGAGCUUCCAGACAUUGGAUGAGUCGGAUUCUCUCCCUCACUUCCAGACACUGCCGGAGCAUGAAAUUGAGGAGAUGAAGAUCAAGAUCUCUGCCAUCAAGAGUGAGAUACAAAAAGAAAAGAAAGCACAGAAGCCUCAGAGUCGUAAUGUGGAUCGUUUGAGGAAGAAGAUGAACGAGCAGGAGUCGUGUCUACUGUUACACUCACCCAACAUCCCAUUCCGCAUCCACAACAAACACGGCAAGAGCUGCCUGUUCUUGCUGUCCUCAGAUUAUGAGAGGUCAGAAUGGAGGGAAAGCAUUCAAAAACUGCAGAAGAAAGACCUGCAGGCGUGUGUGUUGAGUUCUGUAGAGCUGCAGGUGUUAACCGGCUCCUGCUUCAAACUCAGAACUGUCCACAACAUCCCCGUCACCAGCAACAAAGAUGAUGAAGAAUCUCCUGGUCUGUAUGGCUUCCUGCAUGUGAUCGUCCAUAAAGCUACAGGCUUUAAAGAAUCAGCCAGUCUGUACUGUACGCUGGAGGUGGACUCUUUUGGCUACUUCGUCAGUAAAGCCAUAACACGUGUGUUCAGAGACACAACGGAACCACAGUGGAAUGAGGAGUUUGAGAUUGAGCUGGAGGGUUCUCAGUGUCUGCGAAUCCUGUGCUACGAGAAGUGUUACGACAAAUCAAAAGUCAAUAAGGACGAUAAUGAGAUUGUGGACAAGAUCAUGGGCAAGGGCCAAGUACAGUUGGACCCACAGACCGUGCAAUCCAAAAACUGGCACAUGGAUGUCAUUGAAAUGAACGGGAUUAAAGUGGAGUUUUCCAUGAAGUUCACAACUCGGGACUUGAGUUUAAAGCGGACGCCCUCUAAGAAACAGAGUGGCGUGUUUGGGGUCAAAAUCAGCGUGGUAACAAAGCGCGAGCGCUCCAAGGUACCUUACAUCGUGCGGCAGUGCAUUGAGGAGGUGGAGAAGAGAGGCAUUGAUGAAGUGGGCAUUUACAGGAUCUCUGGUGUGGCCACAGACAUCCAGGCUCUCAAAGCUGCAUUUGACACCAAUACCAAAGAUAUCCUGAUGAUGUUGAGUGAUAUGGACAUUAAUGCCAUAGCAGGGACACUGAAAUUGUAUUUCAGGGAGCUGCCAGAACCUCUUCUCACAGACAGGCUGUAUCCGGCCUUCAUGGAGGGCAUUGCUCUAUCCGAUCCUGCAGCAAAAGAAAACUGCAUGAUGCAUCUGCUGCGGUCACUACCAGACCCCAAUCUCAUCACAUUCCUCACCCUGCUGGAGCACCUGAAAAGGGUAGCAGAGAAGGAGCCGGUGAAUAAGAUGUCUCUGCAUAAUUUGGCCACAGUGUUUGGCCCCACUCUGCUGAGACCUUCAGAGUCAGAGAUUAAUAAAGCCAAUAUCACACUGGCCUCUGAUAUCUGGAGUCACGAUGUCAUGGCACAGGUUCAGGUAUUGCUGUACUACAUGCAGCAUCCACCCAUAUCCUUCGCUGAGCUGAAGAAGAAUACACUCUAUUUCUCAACUGACGUCUAAAAAGAGAGAAAGAGACUUCCUCCCUUCCUCCAGAACAUUGUCUUUAUUUCUGUACAAAGCCAACUGUCCAUCGGGGAGACAAAGAAAGACUGUGAACACACUCCCUGCUUUUGUUGUCUCCAGUUAUGUUCAUAUGUAAAGGGAGCUCAGGCUUCGCACCAACACGGAGAAGAACUGAAGCGAGAGGAGGACAAACUCAAGCCGGGAUUCAGCAUCACCUUAUAGAAAAUGUGCACUUAUCACUCAGAAAUCCUGCCAAACACAAACACACUUCCUACCACAUUGCACACCCUGUUUACCGUCUCGUGAGAAUGUUUGUGGGAUACAGUCCCAUGUUGUGUCAUGGGAUGUUGGCUACAUCUGAGGUGGCAGCUCCUCUAACGCCCCGUUCAGUGAUCCCGAAGCUGGAAGCGACCUGAUAUUAAACUCUCUUAUCCAAGAGACAUUCCAAUCAACAAAAACAGCAGCAUUUACAUGUUUAAUACAGUAAAUAUUAUUUGUUUGACCAAUUUUUUUAAUCUUUUCUGCAUGUGAUACAAGGGCAGUGAGUUAUGUUCGUGUGUCUGUGUAUGUGAGAUAGCAAAUGCAUUCUUUCUAAACUAAAUCUCAUGCCGCGAGUGAAUCCUGCUGGCCAUAUUUUGAUCUUUGGGUAAAAUGUUGAGAUUCCUUGUCCAAGUAAAUUCAGGCCAGCCCUAUUUAUUAUGAAUAUAUUCUUUUCAUUGUGCCUGUACAGGUUAGUACACAUAGAGAACAACUCAUUUUAGGGUUUUGUUUUAACUUCAAAUUCCGAGUCUGUAUAGACUGUUGAGAAUAACAAAUAAAAACUCUAACAGUUGAAUUAGACCGCUCUUGGGACAAGUCAUGGUAUACAAUGUAGUUGGAAAAAUUGAAAACUUUGUCUUGAUUUUGGGGAACAAAUAUCACCCAUAUUAUUUUUGCUAGAUAAAGUGUCUGGAGAUACUUCAGUGUGAUCUUUAGAAAGAUGUGAUCUGUGUUAAUGCCCUUUUUGCAUGUUCAGUUUGUCACAUAAAAUGUGGGCAGGUAACAGUUUAAUUUCGUCCUUGUAUUUUAAAUGACCUUUAAUUAUAAUUUUUACUCCACUGCUGAACUCCGCUGGCAGAGGAGAGGGAAACACCAUACAACUUUUCUGCUAUGAAGCCAGUUACAUAUGUACUUUAUAAGCACUGUUAGAUUGCAAAAUAUUUGAAAUUUUAAUAUAAGAUUAAAAGGAAAUUAAAAACUGUUGUAUUUUAUUUCUGUUGGAAAGAAGUAUACUGUAUUAACAAUAAGGGUAAAUGUUGAUGUGACCUUUUUUUCCCCUUUUUUAGUAAAAUAAAUAAGUGUACCUUG